AUGGGUCUGGCGGAAUUUUUCAGCAAAACCCCCUUCCAUUCCAAGCUGUCUGCAGCAGUCUUGGGCUCUGUGGACCAGAUCCGCAUCAAGCCAGGGGCCAAGGCGCUCUACCUCAGGGCUGCCUUGGGUACCACGCUCUCCCAUGUCUCUGACAUCAUAGGCCAACAGGGUCUGGUCUGUGCAGUUGAGUUUUCCCACUGCCCCGGCUGUGACCUCAUUAAUUUGGCCAAGAAGAGAACCAACAUUAUUCCUGUCAUUGAAGAUGCUCAGCACUCACACAAAUACCACAAGCUCAUUGCAAUGGUGGAUGUGAUCUUUGCCGACAUGGCCCAGCCAGACCAGACCCAGAUUGUAGCCCUGAAUGCCCACACCUUCAUAUGUAAUGGAGGACACUUUGUGAUUUCCAUUAAGUACAGUUGCAUUGACUUCACAGCCUCUCCCGAGGCCAUAUUUGUCUCUGAAGAAAAGUUGCAACAGGAGACAAUGAAGCCCCAGGAGCAGUUGACUUUAGAGCAAUAUGAAAAAGACCACCCUGUGGUCAUAGGUGUGUACAAGCCACACCCCAAUGUGAGCUGA